AUGACGAAACAGGCAGAUGAGCUGAUACAUCGGGAAAGCCUAGAGGGGCGUCUCCUAUUCGCGGUGCCCAAGAAGGGCCGACUCAACUCCGCAACCCUGAACCUGCUCGAGGGCGCCGAUGUCCAAUUCCGUCGCGAGAAUCGCCUUGACAUCGCGCUCGUCAAGAACCUACCCAUCGCCCUCAUCUUCCUCCCCGCCGCCGACAUCCCCACCUUCGUCGGCGAAGGCAGGGUGGACCUGGGCAUUACCGGCUGGGAUCAGGUCAAGGAAUACGAUGCGCGCGUCCGCUCCUACGACCGCACUCGUCGAGUCUCCCUCGUAAACAACCCGGACGAGGCAGAGGACCUUAAGGUGGGCGGCUGUGACCGUGUCAUGGACCUGGGCUUCGGUGCCUGCAAGCUCCAGGUCCAGGUCCCCGAGAAGGGAGCGUAUGCUACCACACAGGACUUGGUCGGCAAGACCAUCGGUACGAGCUUCGUCGACUUGGCCGCCGAACACUUCGCCAAACUGGAGAUGGGGAUUGAGAACUCGUCCAACGGGGGCGCGCCUGUCAUUGCUAAGAAGCUGCGAACCAAGGUCAUCGAGCUGAGCGGCAGUGUUGAGGCGGCCUGUGCCUUGGGCGUGGCCGACGGUAUCGUCGAUCUAGUCGAAUCGGGAGAGACGAUGAGAGCGGCCGGACUCAAGGCUAUCGACACGGUGGUAGAGUCGCAGGCAGUGCUCAUCAAGUCACGUUCGCCGUCCAACCCGGAGAUGAUCAAUCUCAUCACGGCGCGGAUCCAGGGUGUCAUCACGGCGCAGAAGUACGUGCUGUGUCAGUACAACAUUGAGAGGUCGCGCCUGGCGGACGCUAAGGCCAUCACGCCGGGAAAGCGCGCGCCUACCAUCACCUCACUGGACGAGGAGGGCUGGGUAGCCGUGAGCUCCAUGGUGGUGAAGAAGGAGCUCGCCGUGGUGAUGGACAAGCUGACGGCGGUCGGGGCGCAAGACAUCCUGGUACUCGACAUCCACAAUACUCGAUAA